GUCAGGACGUUUCGCGAGACGUAUACCAUGGGGGAUUUCUGGCCGGGGAAUAUAAUGAUGGCUCUGGGGGAUCGUCAGUCGAGCCAUGAGAUGGUAAACGGAGGUCAUGAGGAUGCUGUGAAGAAGAUCUAUGUCCUGGAUUGGGAGCUGUCAAAGGCUGGAGUAGCUGCGAUGGAUGUCGGCCGAUUUGUGGCGGAGAUGAGUUUGGUGGCGAAGUUUCGCGACUCCUACAAGGAUCAGGCGGAUUGUUUGAUGAGAGGAUUUGUGACGGGAUAUAAGGACGCCCUUGAAGUAAACGGUGCUAGUGUGGGUUGGAGCUCUCGGAUGAGGAGAGAUGUGACGAUUCAUGUAGGUGCGCAUUUUGUGACAUGGACUCCUAGGACUGGGUGGAAAGGAAAUGCUAAAGUGAGAGAGACCGUGGUGGAAGGCGUCAAUUACCUCUUGGACCAUACGUGCAAGUUUGAAGCUUUAUGA